AGCGGUCUUAUACGGAGCCUGCACGCUUUAAUGCUGGAUUAAAAAGGGAAAUAGAUUAAGUAAUAACAGUCCCUGGUGGACACAGUUACUCCACUGGUCACUCUGAGUGUGAAUGGAAAUGUCCAGUCUGUGUGUAAAAGCUCAGAAUCAGGGGGAAGGAAAGGACGGUCCAGACUCUCAGAAGAGUGACAGUGAGCUACAAGUGUCUGCAGAUCAAGCUCAAGUUUAUUUGAUCCUUGAUUCAUCUGAAUCUCUUAACUUCAUCAGCGUGGAGCCGCUUCUACCUGAAUCUGGGAUCGAGGCCGAUAUCGAGCUGGACGGCGUCUGCACGUCUGAUCCGGACUCGUUCUACCAGCUGAAGAGUCAGCCCAUCACAGUCAGCGCCACGCUCGCCCCCGCUGCCCCCGUGGUGGCUCUGGGCACCUCCAGCAUGACGUCGCGGGUCUUGUUGAGGCAGGAGCUGAUGAGGCAGCAGGCGCAGGACCAGGAACGCCGAGAAGCGCAGCAGCAGGCGUCCAGCGCUCAGCUCCGGCCCCUCGACCCCUCUCCGGCCAUCUCCGUCUCCUCCAGUCUGCCCUCCGCUCGCCCCACCACCACACAGGUCCCCGUGGAGGUGCUAAAGGUCCAGACUCAUCUGGAGAACCCGACAAAGUACCACAUCCAGCAGGCUCAGAGGCAGCAGGUGAAGCAGUACCUGUCCCACACCCUGGGCAACAAGGUGGCAAGCCAGACGCUGGCCACGCCCCCGUCGUCCGCCCCCGAACUGCCUCCGGCGGCCAGCAGCACCCCCAGCAGCCCCCUGGCCGUGCUCAGCCUCGGCUCGAACAAGGAAGAGAUCUACGGCGUGAUCGAUGACAUCAUCAGCCUGGAGUCCAGCUACAACGACGAGUUUCUGACGCUCAUCGACUCGGGCCUGCAGCUUCCCAGCACGCUGCCGGUGUCGGGGAACAUCCUGGACGUGUACAGCAGUGCUGGGAUGACGACGCCCACUAUCACUGUUAGCAACUCGUGUCCAGCAGACCUGCACGUCAAGAGAGAGCUCACAGACACAGAAGCCAAAGUGCUUAUAAAGGAACGGCAGAAGAAAGACAACCACAACCUCAUCGAGAGACGGAGACGAUUUAACAUCAAUGACCGGAUCAAAGAGCUGGGAGACCUCGUCCCCAAAGCCAGCGACCCGGAGAUGCGCUGGAACAAGGGUACCAUCCUGAAGGCCUCUGUGGAUUACAUCCGUAAGCUGCAGAAGGAGCAGCAUAGAUCGAAGGAGAUGGAGCAGAGGCAGAAGAAACUGGAGCACAACAACCGAGCUCUGCUCCUCCGCAUCCAGGAGUUGGAGAUACAGGCUCACGUCCACGGUCUGGCUCCGUCUCAGGUCUCGGACUCCACCGCCGUCCAGCCGCAGCAGAUGCAGCCGCAGCAGCAGAUCAUGUCCCUGGACAACCAGACCCUCCUGGCUCUGGGCGGCCCGGCGCUGAACCACGCCGCCGUCUCCUCCCUGCUCUCCCCGCCCCCCUCGGCCUCCCCGGUGGGCGGCGGCAUGAACCUCCAGCUGGGCCUGGGGUCGCUGAGCUUCGCCGAGCUGGACGACCACGCGCCGUCCAUGUUCGGCCACGACCUGAUGGGCGCCGACAUGGGCCUGGAGGACAUCCUGAUGGGCGACGCCGGCGCCGACCCUCUGCUGUCCUCCGUCUCCCCCGGGGCGUCCAAGACCAGCAGCCGCAGGAGCAGCUUCAGCAUGGAGGAGGACUUGUGACGGUGAACCGCCACGGAAAGACUGAAGGAGCCGCCGCUCCGGUGUACUGUAUGAGGCGAUCGAUUCGCUCCGGAGUGAACACAGACUUAUAAACUCAUAAACUUCUCAUCUAGCGGCCUAGAAACGUCAGCAGAAUGCCGUGCUAUAUUUUUUAUGCGCUGCGUACGAACGCGUGUGAUAGUCGCCGUUUACGCAGGUUUUAAAAUAGGGAUCAAAGCAGCUGUUUGAAAAAAACGUGUCUUUAUUAUACCUGUAUAUAGAAGCUCUAACUGGCAUUUUAUUUACCAUUCACCCUCAUAAAGAUAUACACCAUACGAUCAAAAGUAUCGGGACGCCCCUUCUGGAAAUUUUCUGCUUUUAAAUAUAUGUAGCAACAGUUUAGGGAAGGUCCUUUCCUGUUCCGGCAUGACUGUGCACAAAGCGAGCUCCAUAAGGACGUGAGGAAUGAACUGGAACAGGAAAGGACUGGACACAAAUUCCCACAGACGUACAAGCAUUCUAGCCGGGUCUCUCUAUUUUAUCAGCAUUUGUCAGGCGUCCGAAUACUUUCGGCUUCAUAGUGUGUUAUAGGUGUGUGGGGUUUUGUUUUUUUUGCUUGUUUUAUGUCUCGGAUGAUUAUUUACGGGGUAUUAAUUUGCAUUCUGUAAUAGUAAUAGAAGCAUUCUG